AAUGCCCGUCAGCCGAGGCGUGGGAGGGCCUGCAGGUGCCCGACAUUCAGCCCCCAUCGUACGAUUGUCCUCAGUCUGUGCCAGAAGGCCCACCUGAGGUCAUCUGUUUGGUGGGACACGCAGGGACAGAGAGAUACCACAGCGAGAAAGAAAGAGGGACGCUCUUCUCGUUGUUGUCCAUUUGGGAUCUGCAUUCGUCCGCCCGACAACGUCGAUCGAAUCUCACGAUUUCUCGGUGUUGUGCCCAUUUGGAAGACUGACCUUCGCCUCAGCAGGAUAAUAUGACCAGUACAUGACACUUCUUCACAGGCCUAUGGACAAACAUCUCUCCGUGAUUUGCGCUUGAGGCCAACUUACUGUUUUUUUAUUUUUUUUUCGUCUCCGAAGGAGGAGAACAUCGCCAAGGAUGUGACGGCUUGAGAAGAAGAAGGACCUCGAAGACUUGUUUGUUCAGAUGCGUUUUACGAGAUCUUGUAGUAGUAGUAGAGGACCCUUCUCGCUUAGCCUUCGUCGGACGGUUGAUCAAGGGCGCGCUUCCUGACCUUCGCUGCUUCUAAAUUGAUCUUUUAAAAAAAAAUUUAAAGGUUUGUGUUAGGGGAUUUUGCCAGUGCGGGAUAAUCUGAAGUGUGGUUCGUAGUUUAAACAAAGGAAGACUUAAUCAGUACAGUUUGAAAAUUGUCAAAGAGGGACUUUGCUUUUCUGUUUGCUGUUGCUGCGAGAAAAACGAAAGACGUUGUUAAUAGACACCCCCCCAAAAAAAGGACUUAGUUGAUAAUAAGAGAGAGAAAAAGACCAUAUUCUGAUAGAUGAAGUAAAAAAAAAAGAUUGUUGUAUCAUAUUCAAAGUAGUUCAUUUUUAAAUCAUAGAAGAAGUGUUAAUAAAAUAGAUAACCUUUUUGACAAUAGGAAAAAAAAAAUCAUCCCUUGUUUUGUUUUGAUAGAAAGGUCAAUCCUUGGUCGUCUGAUACAUGGAGAAUUUCCUUUCCUCCGGCCACAGGAAAAGGAACAACAAGACUAUCCUUUGCAAUCUGAAGGCAGAGAACGAGCGUCUUCUCUACUUCUUCCCCGGACGUUGUUGUAACUACCUGAAGGUGACCUUUGUAGGACCUUGUGUUCCUCGUCAGCAGUGAGUUCCCUCUUUCGCGUGUCGUCGCAUCCUUAGCCGAGAUCAGAAGUCUUCGAAGUUAUGUCAUUGUAAGUGACCUCUUGGUCGAACGGCCUUGUUGAGCGGCUUCGAGGUACCCCCGACGAAGGACGCGGAACGGACAUCCUAUACGAAGAGAGCGCCUCGCCAAAGGACCUCUAUACUUCGUCGUUCAGUCCAAUAGGUCCUCGUCUGCCGUAUAGUGACUGGCUCGCUGUUGCCCCGUCAGGACAGACAGCAGAGGAAGAGGCAAGCUCUCUCUCUCUCUCUUUCUGUCUCUCUCCGUCAGAAGUGCCGAGGAGCUUUGCUGCUGACGAAGGCCAGGAAGGUUCUUGAUUGGAUAACCACGCGUCUUAACUUGGAUAAUCAACGUGGGUCUUGCCCGUUCCUGCAUGUAGGUGAGUGAGAGGACUCGACAUGAAAGGCGACUCCCCCACACCGUCUCCCUCGUACGUACCCCUACCCCACCCCCACCACCGCCGCCGCCCCCGCCCCCGCCCCGACCCAUGACACUCCACCGCCACACAGACACCACCACACCCACAACCACACCUUCCACGCCCACGUCCGAGGGCUCCCUGAGCGACUUCCAGCUCUCACAGAUUCACGAUUCCAGGGACCCGUCCUCGGACGAAUCGCGCGACUUACUGGGAGUCGUUUACGACUCUUCAGAGUCGCUCAAGCCCGACAUUGCGACUUAUGCCCAUCAUCCUUACGACGUGCCAACUCGCCCUCGCGGUUUCAACUCAGACGACGGCGACGAAGAAGACGACGAGGAGGAGGAGGAGGAAGAGACUCGCUUGGAUUUGACAGACGGCGACGAGAUCCUGGACGGAGGAGGAGGAGGCUUCCUUUCGUCGAAGCCCCCUCCUCCCCCUCCCCCUCCCCCUCCUCCUCCUCAGCGGGACGGCAUGAGCGCCGUGAAUGCCGUAACUACUACAUCCUCCGCUCCGCCCAUCGCUGGCGGAACUGGUGCCGUUGUUCCCCUCGGGUUGGUGGGCGCUCGCCAUGAAAUGUCAGCAGGGAGGCAGUCGCUGCUGGCACAAACGCCUCCGCCCCCCAGUUUACCUUCACAGCUCGGAGGGGAAACAGCAGCCCCGGCCGUCUCUUCUUCUCCUCAGUCUGGAAACUUCGCGACAACCGGCGGGACUGGAUCGCUCGCGCUCCCUCGUCCGUCCGUCGCCGAUUUCGUGCGGCGUUUGAACCUCGAUGCCGCAGCGAAGGUGUCGGAGCCUCCUCAGUGGGAUACAGCUACGAAGGAGACGGCCGUUGCCCUAAACGAGUGCCAAGGGAACAGCCUCCCGAACAUCAGUUCCAGCAGGGCCUUGCCUUUCCAGGAGCUGAGUGGAAGUCUGCCCCUGAUCACGAGGUACAAGCGGCUGGACGACGAGGAUGACUUCACCGACGACCAGGCCACGUCCAGAGACUCGCCCUGCACGACGGAUUUCAUCAGCGAAGUGACCACUUGUCAGAUAAGCUUGGAGAACCUGGACGACGACGGUGCAAACACAGGCAUUGAUUCGCCCGUCAGAACCAAAAGGUAUCGGAAGAAACCGAUUGGGCUCACGUUGGCAAUCGACCUCGACGAGAACGACAGUGACACGAAGCUAGAGACGGCCCUCGUCGUCGACGCUUACCAGGGUCCCCAGACUUUGUACAAUGAACGGACCCCGAGGAGGCAGUCGUUCGUGGUCCUGAGCCUAGAGGACAACGACACCUCGCAAGGGGAUUCGUGGGAUCACAGCGAGUUAGAGGAGGACGCCCUCGAGACUAUGAAAAUCGAGGACAAAUGGAAGCUGAAGGAUAUCCCUCGGUGUCCUAAAAGUCAGCCCUACCGCAUGGAGUCCGGCAACGACAUGGCCGUCAUCAACAUCAGCGAGGUCGAGGACGACCGGAAACUACUCAAGUGCCAGGAGAAGAGUGAAUACGAGAGUGACCCCGCCCCCUACGAUGUGGGAAGGGGAUCCAGAGUGAAAAGUGUUUUGUGCGACGUGAGGGAAGACGCUCACGACGGGAAAGAAGGGAGAGGGAAAAAAUCCUCCAAGGACAGUGGAAUGAUUGACGAAGGACACGACAACCCGGCUUACAUAGAUGACGAGCAGGACGCAGUGAGCCAGGAUGACAACGGCCAGACAGACCAGAGUCCGGACCGAUCUCCCGUCGAAGUGUCGAGGAGGAGGUCCAACCCCGAAAUCUGGCCCGCGGGGCAUAGGUCGGAGGACAUCGUUCGGUCUCACAGCUACGGCAACGAGUUGAACGAAGUGAUGAAUAACCUGAGCGGGGACCAGGAGGAGCCGACGACUGUUGUCCUCCCGCCGACGCUGAGGAAACGGAGCACCUCCCGAGGACGACCCGAGAAUAUAGAUGGGAAGGAGAACGGCAUCCUGGUGGAAAAUACUCCCAUGACUCCCAAGAAGGAGAAGGUCAUCGUGUCCUUCGGCCCCACAUUCGCAUACGCGGCCGAAGACACGGCAACAGCGAGCAUUUUCCAGAAGCUGGUCGGAGGAGGUUCGCACUCCAAGCUCACCAGGAGCGAGUCGUCCAAGUCGAACCUCAUCGGGAGCAAGACCGGGCGGGAGGAGACCUUCACCAGGAGCACCAGCAACAUCUGGGAAGGCGGCUCCCGGACCCUGAAGGGAGGCGGCUCCCCGCACUACGGGCGCCCUCCGCAGGCGCCCUCCUCCAGUUCCCAGAAGAGCAUGCGCCUGCAGCAGCACCUCUACCGCAACAGCCGGAGGAACAUGCAGGCGAAGCUCCUGCGGCAGCUCAGCGACGUCUACUACGACGACCACAGGUACAAUAACAACGACCACCACGGGGGCAGCAGACACGACCACCACCACCACCAUCACCACCACCACUCACGACACAACCGAGACUCGUCCCCCUCGACUCCGACGACGGACCAUCGCGGCGGUCACGGACACCACCACUCCUCCCACUCACACGGGCACGGGCAUGGGCACGGUGGGCACCACCACCGGAGCCAGUCGCAGAAACACAGUCACAAACCCAAACACGAGCCUCUUCGGAGGCUCAACACUUACGCACACGAAGACUACCACAAGUACGUCCAGGAACACGAGAACAGGUGGGUUGGAGUGCACGGAGACCAGCCCGCGGAAGGAGCGCCCUCCCAGCCACUGUUGCCCUCGCCUGGAACCCCCCACAUAGUUGUUUCUCCCGAGGACUCAAACGGCAUAAACCCCGGCCAGGGAGAUAAUGAGACUGGUUUGGGCGCACCAGGUCCCAACGGCCCAGUCUUUCCAAACGCCCAGUCCACGCCUGCCCCGCCUCCCACGCCCGCUAAUAACAUAGAGGACAACCGUUCGUCGUCACGGCCUGAUAAGUUAGCGUUGAACAUGACGACACUGACCCUCCCAGAUGGGCGCCACCCAUCCCUGGACGGUGCCUUUUUUAAGAAAACCAGGAGACACUCCAUCAGUGAGAUGCACCAGCGCUUCGGCAGUCAGACGAACCUCCAGAGGUCCAACUCCACCAAUAACAUCCAGAGGAGCAACUCGAGGAACAGCCUGGCUCCAUCUGUCUUGGACUGGAAGCAAGAGGGAAACGAUUCCCUGAUUGCAUGCCUGAGUGCCCUGUACGGCAAACUACUGGUUGUGAUGGGCAUGGCAUUCCCAACGGCAGAGGUCAUCUCUCAUGACAUACCAGUAACCUUUUACAAUGGAUUCUACCUGUAUCUGUAUAUUGGAUCAAUAAUAUUCCUGGUGUAUGCGUAUCUUUUCCUGCUUCACGCCAUCAACAUCCCCACCGAGACACUCAAGUCCAAGUUUCACUCCAUCAGAAGCCUCAUGACUAUCCCUGACCUAAGUAUGGUCCUUCCCACCCGGAUCACAUCGAAACAAGAGGGUAAAGGUAACUUAGCCACCAAAGAGUCUCGUCAGUCUGCCUGUGCAGAUUUAGACAAGGAGUCUGACCGUGUGUCAAUCAAUACUGGGAGCUAUAGAACCCCAAAAUACACACUUACGGAAGGCACUAACCAUGGCUCCAUGUAUCUGAAGAUGGGUGCCGUAUUGUUUGGUAUUGGAAGUAUGAUCUACAGUGGACUGGAAGUUGGCCAGUACUUUGAGCUUAAAUCCGAUGAAAAUUGUGCCGAUAUCUUACUGGCCAUUUCUCCAGCAGCUAGAAUGCUCUUCACCUUCAUCCAGAUGUAUUUCAUUUUCCUAAAUUCAAGGGUUGCUAUCAGUCGCCAUCGAAUCAUUGCAAGGUUUGGCUUAAUGCAUAUGAUUGGAACCAACUUGUGUAUUUGGCUGAAUGUUUUGGUUCAGGAGACAAAGCACGAGAUCAUAAACUUGACACUGGGACCUGGUGGCCAUCAUGGUGGUACAGGAAAUCUCUGGGCUAAAAUCAUUAACGGAGAGUUUGAUUCUCACGGAGGAGGUCACGGAGGUGGUGGUGGUGAUCAUGGAGCAGGUGAUCAUGGAGCCAGCGGAACAGGUCAUCAUACCGACACCGCCGUCUUAGGUCACGAUACCGAUCACCAUGGUCCUUCAGUUGACAAUAUUACAGAUCAUGUACUAUUAAAUGAUACAUCAGACCACCAUACUUAUGACCCACACGAUAUUCAUCAGGUACAUUACCAUCAGGUUGCAAACACCAGCCAUCACCACAUUGUGCGCAGAGGAGCAAACCAACAAGCUCUGAGCAUUUACGAGUGCCGACGCUCAGACCUCAUGGGAGAGUUAGUAGAUGAAGCCUCUCCUUUCCUCUUUCCAUGCACCAUUGAGUACUCACUCUUAUGUGCAGGUGUGCUGUAUGUAAUCUGGAAAAACAUCAACAAGCCAGAAGUAGCCUGCGAUGGCGAUUCUGACAUUUCCACGUACAUAGCCCGCAAAGCCAGACAUCAUUACUCUGUGGAUUGUGCCCACGCUAAUCGUGGCUUGUUCAUGGGAAUCCUGGUUCUUGUCCUGACAAUCAUCUCCCUCAUCCUCUUCUUUGUGCUUAUCAAUAAUGAAGCAUAUAAAGAAGUUGCUAUAUUAGAAGCUAAUAUUAUUGAAUUAUCAGUUUAUGGAGUUUCCAGUAUAACCGUUAUAAUAGGAAUGAUACAGAUGAGAGAGCUGGAAUUUAUUCCCGAGGGUGAUAUUGAGCUUGACAACAUCCUGCUCCUUAUCGCCCAGAGUGGUGUCUACAUUUACACUUCAUUCACUGUCAUCGGAGGACAUUUCACCAUGACUGACAACUUGAUUCUGCCAUUACUCUCAUCAAUCGUCACCCUCCUGCAAACAACUUUACAAACCAUAUUUGUACUGGAUGCUUCAAGACGUUGCUGCUACAACCAGGACCAACUUCAACGCAAACCUGGAAGAGAGAUGGUAACAUUCCUUUUAGUCUGCAAUUUAGCUAUGUGGGCCAUCAACACAUUUGAAACUUCAAGAGCUGAUGCACAUCCCACUCAGUUAAACUUCUACGGCAUAUGGGCCUGGACUAUAAUUUCCCAUAUAUCUAUGCCUCUCGCAAUCUUCUAUCGAUUCCACGUUACUGUCUGUCUGUGUGAAAUCUGGAAGAGAUCGUAUAAGUUGCGACACGAUUACUAGAGACAGUCUAAUGCGCGGUCAUCAAUAAAUUUCUGUAUUAUAUAGAAUAGCUUAAGAAAAUCAAAGUAGAAUGACACAUCAGGGCUUAACGUUAAACUUUGCUUUUCUAAUUCAUGACUGCAGCUAGAAAAUUUGUGGUUGAAAAAAAUUGUACAUAAAUGACUGUAUAGUUUACUUUCAUAAUUGUAAAUAAAGCCAGGUAAAUCUUAUUCUUUAAGACAAGCCCAAGACAAUGUUUAUGUAAUACUAUUUAAUGUAUUUUUUUAAGAUUUCAAUUAUCAUAUAUAGAACAAUACUGUACCAGAAAUCUAAUAAAAUGAUCUUAGCUCUCACAAAUUAUAAAUGGUAUCUUAUAAUAAUUUAAAACUUUUGUACUGUUACUUAACUGGGUGAAAUCAGAAGUAAUUCACACCUGUUGAUUGGAAUUGUUACCUAAAGUUCUGUUUAGGUCAUCUUGACAUGUUACUGGAAUUUAACUUGAUAUAAUAUCUGUAUCUUAAUCUAACUUACUCUGUAAAAUGUCAGCUAGUGUUACUGAUACCUUAGUCUUCCAUUUCAAGUAAAAGUAAAACUAAUAAUUUAUUUAUUUAUACUAAUACUCUUAGUUCUUAUUCAUUAAUCUUCUUGUCUUUUAAAACUUUUGUCUUUUAAAACUCUUUAAAGGGUCAAUCUCUUCUAAAUUUUAGAAUGAAUUUUGACAUGCAUUUUAUAAAAAAAACUGUACAUGUAAAUUAUAUAUUUUUUCAAGAAUUGUGACAAUGAUACCAUGUAGAUACAAUUGCUUAUAUCUCAUGCAUGUAGUCAACUGCUGUCGCAGUCUCCAGGAUUGUGUAUGUGUGUGUGGAAAUUGAAUAUCUGAAAGUACUGAAUAUCUGAAACUAUUGUUGGGUUGCAUGUAGAUUUUUAGGCAACAAUGUACAUUUGAAAAUAU